CACCUUAACCAAUGGCGAUACACUUCAUACCCGUGAACAAUUUUACUUAAACCCCAUUCAGUGUGAAAUCUAGUUCAGGAAUCUGUUCAAUCUGCCAUGUGACGAUGACGAUAUCCGUUCAGACGGCUGUGCAUUGCCCGCGCGCCUCUCACAUUCCAGGUCGGUGUGGUGACAUUGUGCACACUGCGCAUGUUUCUCCUCUUCCUUCGCUUGUGUAUCUUUGUAAAGCCAGUGACAAAACAGUUGCAUGUGUUCGCGAGUUCCUGCAUUUGUAUGCGCAUCUCAUAUUUCCCCGACAUGACACGCACGCACGCAUAUUCUAGCGCGCGCUCGCUCGCCACCGGUAAGGGGCUGGGUACCCGACACGACACUGACUCACCGAAGGGUGCACGCAAAGGCGGCGACAAUGUUAUACAUAGUGGGUCGGCCAAGUAUCCCCUUUCCCAAUCUUACGUGGGAGGUCCAGUGGCACAGCGGUUAGUGCCUGUCACCAAUAGAGUGAAGGUUGAAUGUCCUGGGUUCGGCUCUCGUCUCGGCCGCGCUGUUCUUUCUCUGCAUGUAGCAUCUGUUAAAUUAGUGGCUGGCUCGGGGGAAAACACCAAUACCCACUCUCACCCUUACGUAGGUCUCUAAUCUAGGUCUGCUGGGUGUUUUCUUCUCUGAGCUGGCCAGGCUAUCUCGACUGAUUCACGGACUCCCCUGAAAUAACUUCCGUUGUAGAGUGACGGUCACGCGCAAGAUAGGCAAGACGAUACGCGAUAGCGCGUGCGACAUGCAGCGCGACACGUCAGGCGCGGCGGCUGUUUACGACACUCGGACAACUCGCGGCGACGCAAGUGCGGACGUUGCAGUCAUUCUUCCCUCGGAAACAGGGAGGAAGUCCGUUUGGGCUAACUGAAUGGCGACCGCUGUGGUGAGUUGUUGUGGUAGGUAAGCUCGCAUGGACUACGUACAACUGGAUGUGUACCCCGCGUUGUGGCCUAGCCGAGAGGUGCAGCAGAUGACAGUGGCGUGUUACCUGUGCUGGGACUGACGCAGCAGAUGACAGUGGGUCGUUACCUGUGCUGGGACUGACGCAGCAUGACAGUGGUAUGUCGUUACCUGUGCUGGGACUGAGGUGAUCGAUGGGCAAACCUUGCUGCCCGAGUUGUUAGUUAUCCCACGUAUUCACUUACCGGAAGCCUUGGCUGCUAACCAUUGGUGUGGAGUGAGCCAAACCUUGUGUACAAAAGAAUAUUGCAAAAAAUAUGUCACCAUUCUCCCAGUUCAUUCUCAGGCAUAGGGCGCUCCCUGCACAUGGGCCACAGAUGUGACGUCUGAAGUAAAUCCAGCAAAAAAUACCUCCGUUCUCGAGAAAGGAAAAAAAAACAAGUACAAAAUCUCACCACUUCUGUUGGACACCGGGCAAAAUCUCCACACGUCUGCUCAAGAAGGGGUCCGUCAACGACGAUUACCUUCAAACGAGGUGUUAAGAUGACGAUGUGGAAUUCAGGUGCAGCGGCCGGCAAACAUGCGGCACAAGAUUCAUAGCACCGACUAUGUGAUUGGAUUAUCGACGACGGCGAUGGGUGGUGGUCAGGCGAAAGCGUUAUCUCGAGGCGUCGACGCCCUGCCUCGAACCGCGUAAGAUGUGACACGGGCGUAUCAUCAUCAGCAAAACCAUCGGAAACGUGAGGUCGGAAGAUCACGACCCCCGUUGAUUCUCUCUUCUCGCCCCCCCCAACUCCCCUACCUUCCCCUCCGCUGCCUCGUGCAUUGAUAUAUCCGCAGCGGCAAACCGAAUCACACGUUGUGACUAUUGUUCUGAUUUCCUUUUCCUUGCUUUGGAACGGAAACGUGCAGCGCAACUCUGUGGGUCCAGUGCGUCCGUGUAGGCCCCAGCUUUGCGUCUUUCUCUUGCCGUGGACCGACUACGCACGCUGGCGACGCGGCGACAGCUGCUGCGUUAGGCUGGUGCUGCAGGCUGUCGCAUCGAUCUCCCAGCGUCCGAAGCAGCAGGCAAGGCGAGGCAUCGCCGACCCUCCCUGUCGCACGGCAUGGCGACCAAAAUCAAAGCGCUGCAGGCCUGGUGCCGUAAGAUGACGGAGGGGUACCGUGACGUGGACGUCAAGGACUUCACCGUAUCGUGGCGGGACGGGUUAGCCUUCUGCGCCAUGAUCCAUCGCUUUCGCCCGGAUCUCAUAGACUUUGACUCACUGUCCAAAGAAAAUGUGUUUGAGAACAACAAUUUGGCAUUCACCAUGGCUGAGAAGGAGUUGAAUAUCCCAGCAUUUCUGGAGGCAGCAGAUAUGGUGGCUCUAAAAACUCCUGACAAACUGAGCAUUAUCACCUAUGUUUCUCAGUAUUACAACUACCUGCAUGCAUUACCUCAGUUGGGUGGUCCAGGCGUAAAAGGAAAAGUAAAUGCUGCAGCUUCAGCUGGCAUCAAGAGACAUCAGAAAGCAGAACCUCUAACAGAGCCAGAGACUAAGAAAAUCACACAUAACAGAGAUACUACAACUGGAGAAGUUACAAAAGCUAAAUCAUCAAGUGUGGGAGACAAGUGCAGCAUCUGUGGUAAUAAAGUCUAUCUACUUGAGCGGCAUGUUGAGGGAGGCCAACUGUACCACCGCUCGUGCUACAGGCACAGCGACCUGUCGCCCACUGGCAAGGUGUUUUCACGUUCACCUUUCCUUUCACCUUCACUUCAUGAAGUCAAAACCCCAUCAGUGCGUGCUGCCAACAAGGAGGUACCACCAAAGUCCAAUGAGUUGUCAAGAACUUUCACAGUCCAGGACACCUCUCUUUCACAAAAUCAGAAUGCUGCGAACAAGACUGAGUCAAAGAAAUCUCAGGUGCAGAAACAUUUGUUUUCUGAUGGGCAUCAGGGUGGAAACCAAGAAACAGAAAAGACCAAGAGUGCUAACAGUGUAGAUUUGAAAGGUGCUCUUCAUGGUAUCCAUGCCAGGAGCACACCAAAAAAAGAUGAACUUCAUGGUAUAUCAAGUAAAGACUCACAUGUGAAUGAUGCUUUGCAUGGAGAUACAACACUCACAGUGAGCCAACCCAAUGAGGCAAGGACUAUUGAAAAGUAUAUCAAUAACAUGAAGUCUAAGGAAGAAGUCAACGAAAUAAAGCCAUCAAAAAGACAGCUUCCUUUGAUUCUUCAGACUCCUGUUGAUGCUAGCAGUGAGACUGCUCACUCUAGGCCCACAACCACCAUGGAGGGAAGCAGAAACAUUUCUGAAACCAAAAGUAGUGACCUCAAGAGUGACACUAAGCCCACUCUAGCACCCACAGCUACAAAAGCUAUUGGUAAAGCUAACCCUGUUGCUAGGCCUCGGUAUAAGAAAAGAUUAGACUCCAGGAAAGAGGAGAAAAUGGACUUUGAUGAACCAGUCAAGCAAAACCUCCCUUCAUCCUCCACCCCAAAGCCUUCCCCAAGAUUAAGUUCCAAUGCUGGAAAAACUACUUUCUCUGAAAAGUCCUUUCCCCUGCAAAACCCUUUUCAUCAGACUCUUCAGUCCCUCCCCCUUUGCCUGCCUCGGCUCCCCCAUCUGUCCCAUCUUCCCACUUGUCUAACCAGAUUGCAUCUUCAAGGCAAGAGGCCAUAUCUCAGCAGAGGCCAAAUCAUGUGCACACACCAGUAAAAUCAAAUGCACAGAGUGAAAAGCAAACACCUGGAGAUGUUUUCUUAUCAAGAGCAUCUACUGCUGCCACACCAACUACACCUCAAACUGUGUCAUCUUCACAACCACAUACUGCCACAACAUCUUCGCAUUCCUCAGUUUCAAGCAUAACAAUAACCACAUCGUCCUCUUCCUCAAAAUCUAACAUUAGCAGAGAAAAACCCAUGGAAAUAGAAACGAUAACCAACACUACUGCUAAAGUCUCCUCAGAGAAGUCAGUGGGUCCCAUUACAGUGACUGCUGACACAGAUAAAAAAAAUCAAAAUGUUCUUUUUGACCUAAAAAAAUCACUAGCUAAUGUCCGCAACACAUUCAACACCACUACCUCAACUUCAACAAGUGGUGCGAAUAAAAGCCCAGACCAGUCAAAGUCUACUUCAGUGUCUAACACUCAGUCACUUUUUGAAUAUAAACCAAGCAAUUCCUUGCUCACAGAGAAAAAUUCUAAGACUUUUGUAGGAUCUAAGACUGUGACAAACAAAACUGAAGCUUCUGAUCCAAAGACAAUUUUCAAUAAGCCACAUGACAAGAAAAUGGACAAAAAAUCCAUUGCUAUUGAAGAUGCAGACGCUAGUGAUAAAAAACACACUGCCACAGAGAAAUCAAAAAUGCCAAAGAUUGUAAUCAACAGUGAAUCGAAACCUCUUUUAGAUAAAGGAACUCCCCAAUCAAGGGAAAAGUCACUAGAGUCUUUAGUAUCAUCUACUAGCAACCAAGCAAAAAUUUGCUGAAGCUGAAAGUAUUAGUACACAGAAAAUGAAAGACACUGUGGGAAGAAAAGACAGACCAAAGUCAGCUGCAGAUGUUCUUGAUGUACAUGGUUCAUCCAAGAUGCUUGCCAUCAAAACAGAGUCUGCAAAACCCCCACCUUUCAUGAAAGUCAAAUUGCGUGGCACAAACAUGCUAAAUAGCAAGGAACUAUCCAAAUCUGCUAGUAAUCUGGCUGUGGAGGCAGGCAGCAGCUCCAGCAAGCCGUCAUGGCAGCUGGAGGCAGAACGCAGAAUGGCAGCUGUGCGUGAUGGUGGCUUUGUUGACCCAGAGACUAAGAAAUCAGCUGGUGUUGGUGAUGACACAGAGACUGGUCAUGAGAACAGCCAUGGGGCUAAAAAGGAUUCAUCUGUGGUGGUGUCUACCCAGAAACAGACACUCUCUGACCAGAGAGGCAGCACCCAACAAACCGAAAUGAGUGUGCCGGUGGCAGGGUUCAAAAAGAGAAGAGAAGACUAAAGAUGUAAUAAAAACUGUCCCAGAUUCAAGCAAGCCAGGUUCAGAGGAAAAACAAAGUAAAAAUGAGAAAAAGAAACAAGAAACCAACAUAACGAUAAUCAAAGCUAUCCCAGAUAAAAACAGGUUGCCGCCACCCAAACC